GCAAGACCCCAUUCGACGCCGUCCACGAAGACGCUGCUGUCGUGGGCGAAUCGUCCUCUGCGGCCGCCAAAGAUCAGAUCUAGGAUAUGGAUUCGGAGGAGAAGGCACGUCGGAUUUCCGACGAGGACCUGAACCGCAAGAACAAGCAGGACCACCGCGGAUUCCUCCUCCUGUGGCUUACCUGGCAGGCCUGGGCGCGUUCGGGAAGCGGGCAAUCCAGCUCUCGUGGCUGUGCCUUGCACAAGAGCCAGAAGGCGUUUGCGAAUCCGUCCUUCAAUACGGUGCCGCCGGGGAGCUUCAACUUCAGUAUUGUCAUCGCAGUGCUCGCAGCGAUUGUCGCGAGCCAAGCAAUGAUUACCAGCUCAUUCCAGCUGACGUCUCAGGUCAUGCGGCUGAGUUACUUCCCGCAUAUCAAGACAGUGCAUACAAGUCGCAAGUUCCACGGGCAGGUAUAUAUGCCGCUGGUGAAUUGGCUGUUGAUGAUUGGGACGGUCAUCGUUACGACUGUUUACAACAAUACCACCAGUCUCGGCAACGCCUACGGCGUUUGCGUCGUCAUCGUGACCUUCAUCACAACCUGUGUGAUCUCGCUUGUCGCCAUCAUCGUCUGGCGCAUCCCGGCGAUGGUGGUCCUCUUCUUCUUCCUCAUCUUCGCCGCCCUUAACGGCGCCUUCAUGUCCCCGCCCUCCGGAAAGUCCCCGAAGGAGCAGCAAUGGGCUGCUGAAGCCGAGGACCGCAUCUCGCUAUCUCAACUCUUACAGCUCCCACACGACGCCUCGAAGGUUCCUCGGGGUAAGCAGGAGAGCCAGGUGGUGACUCUCUCGCCAUCAAAUGGCCCCGGGAACAUGUCGACUAUAUCGGGUCUGGGCAUCUUCUUUGAUAAGGUCGGGGGAAGCGAUAACACGGUGCCGAAGGUAUUCGCGCGUUUCGUCCGCAAGUUCAAGGCUCGGCCCGAAGUCAUUGUGUUCUUCCACAUCUGCACGCUUUCCAUCCCUACCGUCCCGCCUGCGGAGUACGGUCGCACAUUACCACAUGGGUGA